AUGAAAGCAGAGGUCUCCGAAUCCAUCGAGCUCCAAGCACCCGGUGACACCUGGGCAAAGGUCAGGCGACUGCAGGCUAACAUUGUUGGCAAUUCGCAAGUACACUUUACGUGGCGAGCCGUGGCAGUCGGGCUUGUGUUUGGCACAAUCCUGUGCUUCUCCAACAUGUAUUUCGGGCUGCAGACGGGCUGGAUCUCGAUGAUGAGCCUGCAGUCGUCGCUGGUCGGCUUUGCAGUCUUCAAGGCGCUGGACAAGGUCCUGGACGUCAAAUUCGGGCCUGCCGAGAACGUGGUUCUGCAAACCACAGCUGUUGCUACAGCCACGAUGCCGCUGGCGGCUGGAUUCGUGGGGAUUUUGCCGGCGAUCAAGCAGCUGGAUCCAGACGAGACGCAUGGCGCGCAAACCGAGCUCGGCUACGGCCAACUGUGCGCGUGGGGGCUGGCGCUGACCUUCUUUGGCGUGUUCUUUGCAGUGCCGCUACGCAAACAAACGAUUAUUCGCGAGAAGCUCCGGUUCCCAUCGGGCACUGCAACAGCACAAAUGAUCAGUGCCAUGGCCACGGAUUCAUUGAGACGGAGAGCCAGCUGCGCAACCGCCGCAGCAACAAUCAGACCGCCGGCUUCACCCGAGACCGCCAAUGAUGAGCCCGAGGAGCCAGCAACGCUAAACAAGGUGGUGGUUGAUGUCAAAUGGGUGAUCAAGCUGCUGGUUCUGCUGGCCUCGUUCCUGCUGUCUGGCGCCUAUACGCUGAUUGCUCAUUUCUAUCCGAUCCUGGCCGCCCUGCCCGUAUUUGGCAAAACGCUAAAGAACAAAUGGCUGUGGACGCUGACGCCCUCCCUCAGCUACGCCGGCCAGGGGAUCAUUAUGGGCCUGCCAACGUGCAUCUGGAUGCUGGUCGGCGCCCUGGUCGGCUGGGGCGUUUUGUCGCCGAUUGCCAAGACCGAAGGGUGGGCACCCGGACCGGUCGGUGACUGGAAGAACGGCAGCCGCGGGUGGAUUUUGUGGGUAUCGCUGGCGGUCAUGAUCGCUGAGAGCGUGGUCUCCCUAAGCCUCAUUACUCCACAGCCCGGCGAUGAUGCCGAUGAUGAGGACGUCGACCCACGGUACCUGGUGCCCGGGUGGGUUAUCUGGGGCGGCCUUUUGGCGUCGACUCUGCUGUGCAUGGGCAUUGUCAAGGCAAUCUUCAACAUUCCGAUGUACGAUACGCUAAUUGCUGUCCUUUUGGCGCUGCCCUUGGCUGUGCUCGGUGUGCGCGCACUGGGCGAGACCGACCUGAACCCGGUCUCGGGGAUUGGCAAGGUCUCGCAGGUUAUCUUUGCCGGCGUCAUGCCCGGAAACAUCAUUGGCAAUCUGGUGGCUGGUGGAAUCGCCGAGGCAGGCGCUCAGCAGGCCGGCGAUCUGAUGCAGGAUCUGAAGACCGGGCAUCUGCUGCAUGCAUCGCCGCGAGCGCAGUUUGUUGCCCAGAUGAUCGGCAGCGUGUUCAGUGUGUUUGUUUCCGCCGGCGCUUACAAGCUCUACAACCGUGUCUACGAGAUCCCCGGCCCGCAGUUCCCGGUCCCCACCGGCCAGGUAUGGCUAGACAUGGCGCGCCUAGUCAACGGCCGCCCACUGCCGCCGCACGUCUGGCCGUUCAUUGCUGUGUUCUCUGCCAUCUUUGUUGUGCUGCCCAUUCUGCUACUGCUGAUUACAAAGUCGGGCAAAAGAUCGUGGCAGAUCGGACGCUUUACUCGGUGGUGGCCCAGCGGAAUAGCCUUUGCCAUCGGUAUUUACAACACCCCGAACUUCACGCUUAUGCGCGCGAUCGGCGCAAUUGCGGCUGCAGCGGAGCAGCUGUACCGCAGGAAGAUUGGAAUGCUGGUUAUUAUUCUGGCCAGCGGGUUUGUGCUCGGCGAGGGCACUUUCUCGUUCGGAAUCCUUCUCUUUGAGGCCUUCCUUUAA